AUGUUGAAAUUAGCAGUGGAGUCAGGUGCAGUUCUUUAUGAUGAUGAAGAAGAUAUUAUGGCGAUUUUACAAAGGCAAAAUGAAGUAAUCGCAGCAAGGAGAAAGAUAGCAAAACAAAAGGAGAAAGCUAGGAGCUGUUGGAAUGUUAGAGGCCUAGGAGGGCUUGGUAAAUGGAGUAUGGUAAAAGAGUUUAAGAAAAAAUUUAGAUUGAACAUGCUAGGGUUGAUUGAAACCAAGAGGGAGGCUGUGUCUAGGUUUGAUGUAGCACGCUUGUGGGGUGGUGAUUCAGUGGAUUGGGAUUUUGUGGAAUCGGUCGGUGCAUCUGGGGGUUUAUUGUUAAUGUGGGAUAAUUUUUUAUUUAAAAGAUUGAACUGCUAUAAAGGGGAUGGCUGGCUGUGUGUUGAAGGUUUUCUGUUAAAUAAUAAUUUCAAAUGUGCGUUCUGCUUGGUGUAUGGUGCACAUGUUCGGAGUGAGAAGCUGGUGAUGUGGGAGGAGUUAAGCUACAUGGUGGGUCUAUGUCAGGUUCCGUUCUGCUUCAUGGGAGACUUUAAUGAGAUUCUACAUCUGGAAGAGAGGAAAGGCGCUACUAGCAUACCGGCAUCUGCUGAGGAUUUCAAGGAAUGGGUACAAGAUUUACAGCUAGUCGACUUACCGCUAACUGACCGAAAGUUCACAUGGUUUCGAGGUAGUUCUUGUAGCCGUAUUGAUAGGGUUCUGGUCAGCUUGGAGUGGCUUGAGGAGUUCCCAGAUACUCGCUUGAAAGGAGGCCCGUGA